GGCCGUAUUUGGGGAGGUGUUUGAGGGGGCCUUUGGUCGCGUAUGCUGGACAAGGGCAGGGAGGGAGAGGAUUGGUGUUUGGGAAGGAGUUGAGGGGGUGUGUGAGGGAGACGGCGGUGGAGGGGGUUAGGAGGGAGAUGGGUGCGUGGGGCACAGAUCCCCAUCCAGAUACGGACAGUCUAGACGCGUUGGAGAGGAGGCUGAUACCGGCGUUGGUGCUGAGGUGUGCGCAACACUUGUUGAAGUGGGGGCUUGAGGAGGAAGGGCUUUUCCGGAUCAGCGGCCGUGCGUCGCACGUCUCAAAGCUGAGGGCCGAGUUCGAUACGGGCGCAGAUUAUGAUAUCUCGGAGUGUACGCCAGGAGAUCUGGAUCCGCAUGCGGUCUCAUCCGUGUUCAAGGCGUACUUGCGCGAACUGCCGGAACCUAUCCUCACUCACGCCCUCAACCCGUACUUCGAAGCCGCCAUGAUCGCCGAGAACAACGCUCGCAGGUCGGAGGAACUGGCCCGGGUCGAAGCUGCCGCCGCCGCUGGGACAUCACCCCCUCAGAUGGGUGGCAUGCGCGGCCCAACGUUGCCUUCUGGUCCUCGUGCUGGAAUGCAGCCAGGUGGCGGUGGUGUUGUGAUGGGCGGUAUCCCUACCAUGAGGAAACCUCCAUCGCUCUCAACCCUCGGUCUGCCCAACCUGUCUGGCAUCCGUCCGCCCUCGACGUCCCUCGUGCGCCACUUUGCCUCCCUCAUCGUUCGUCUUCCGAGGGAGAAUCGGGACCUGCUGAGGACUGUGGUUGAUCUUAUCAACGAGACGGCGAAGCGGGCGAAGGGGACGAACGGGGAGGGCGGAGGAGGAGGGACGAAGAUGCCGUUGAGCAAUUUGACGCUGGUGUUUUGUCCGAGUUUGAACAUGAGUCCUGGGGUGCUGAGGGUGCUUUGUGAGGUUAAGGAAGUUUGGGAGCCGCCGGUGCCGCCGAGGGGGCCUGUGGUGGAGGAUGAUAGUGAUGAAGAAGAGGAGGAGGAAGAGGUGAAGCAGGAAGACCACCACGACGCCCGCGAGGAAGCCGUCGUAUUCGAUAAUCCGAACCCAUUCUCGUCACGUUCUGUGGUCCCCGUCCCGACACAGAUGGAGGCGUCGGCAUCAUCUGCUUCGGAGGCGACUACGGCGACGACCUCGAGCAAGGAUACCUCUUCAGACUCGUUCUUCUCCACUUCUGCGUCCCCUCGUCCCCUCACUCCGGCAUCUUUGUCUGCUGGGCCGGUCACGCCUGGAUCGAUGUCGACGCGUCCGCUCACUCCUGCGUCGAUGUCUAGUCGUCCUGUGACGCCUGGAUCGAUGUCCGCCCGUCCUACGACCCCAGCCUCGCUAUCUCCUCGUCCGGUAACGCCUGCUUCGAUGGCUACGCGGCCAUUGUCGCCGGAGAGCUCAGUUCAGACCAAUCCGACCUCACCAAGGAUGAUGUGGAGCAGCAGUGAGAGUUUGAACACCGCAUCAACCUCCGUCGAAGGUCCGGCGAAGAAGAGUCCCGCGUCUUCUCAGUUCGUUGGAACCGCACCUCUCGUCCCUACCGCCAGACCCAAGAAAGGCACUGCCAUCGCACGGCCACGGUCUAAGUCUGGUUCGGAUCUUCUUACUCUGACGUCCCAGGUGCGGAACGGAGGCGACGAAGCGCAUCGACAACCAUCUUCUCAGCCAUCGACGCCCGCCUUCAACUUACAGACCAGCGCCAACAAUAGCACGACCGCCGCUGAACUUGAAACCCCGGAUCCGAACGCUGCUACACCUGCGACCACCACCACCAGCGACACAGGUUCGGUCGUUCAUUCGCCGAAACCCGCGAAACUCGCCCUUCAGCAGCCGCAUAUAUCACUCCCUAUGCCUCCGGGAGAUGACGAUCGUGUCGUCUUCCCGUCUACAAGCUCUCCGGCUUCGAGACCACAUUCGCGCUUGCAGAUCGGCGUUUCUACGUCGGAUACUAGGCCUAGCACGGCCGUCUUCCCUUCUUCGUGGUCGGUCCCCCAGACACCCUCGACACCCUCGAACAGACAUUCUACCCAUUUGUUGUCGGUUUCUACCACUACGUCGUCUAGGUCAGGUGGCUCGGACAAGGUCGCUCCUUCACCUUCAGGGUCAACAACAUCAUCUAACGGAGGCGCAGGAUCGUUGGGCAGAGCGAUGAGGAUGAAGAAACCCAGCAUCAGCGCCUUGUUCGGCAAGAAGUCAAUCUCGUCGUUGAAGACUGCCGGUCCAAGCGGAAGCGACAAGAAGGGUGGCAUUCAGAUCUCGGGGCCUCUGGAAUUGAUCGGAACGGCUGGGCAGAUGUCGCCCUCCUUAUCGUCGCCUGCUGGGUUCGGGGCCGGCUCUUCUGGUGGCCUCUCGCCGAGUAGACAUUAUGGGAUGAUGGGGAUGCCGAUGCCGGAGCAGUAUAGACAGUCGAGGUUGAGUUCGCCGCCGGUGUUGGAUACGCCUAUCGAUAGCACGCCGUUCGAUUUCGGGGAGGUCUUGGGGAGUAAAGAGGGUGAGACGCCGACGACGCCCACUGCGACUUCGAGUGGUAGAGCUCGUUCCGCUUCCGCUUCCGCCCAUGCGCUGUUCAGGCCGACUUCUCCUGUACUUUCUUCACCGCCGUUUUCGCGGUACCACACUCCUACGACGAACAGUACGAACAGUUCUACGGAGACGGCUAUAGCCUCGACCGCGACGCUUCAGCUUUCUGCCCCAACAACGGAAUCAGUGCCGCUACCGACGUCGAGGAAGGGGAGCACAGCGAGGCCGCACGGUCCCAGGCCUGCGCCGAAUCAAAGUCAGAGUGGGACUCGAAGUCCGACGUUGUCGUUGAAGAGUGCGCCAUCGUCGGCUUCGUAUACGUCUGCGACUUAUGGGAGGUUGAGUUUGUGGGACGAUGAGGGCGAUGAUGGGAAGAAGAAGGAUGAGGCGGACGAUGAUUGGGCGAAGACGGUGAUGAAGCAUUUGACUGAGGGGGCUGAGGCGGCCGGUUUGGGGGGAGGGAAGUGAACGUCGUGUCGUGGUGAGAGGAUAUGGAGAUGUGAUGGUUGAUUGAUCUAUGUAUGAAACGUCGUGUUAGUGCUGGUUGCUUGGCAUAGUUUCUUUUCUAUCCUGUUUUUGCUUCUUUUCUUCUUGUCUCUUUGCUUUCUGAUACCUUGCGUCCUCUUACAGUCACAGUGUCAGUGUAUGCUUAUCUAUUCAUUACAUUCUAUUUUGUCGACUUUCUUCAUCUCUAUUCCAUUUCUCAUCUCCAUUACAAUUGACGUUGCCCAUCGCUGAAUGCACAUUUUUUCCAUCCUCUCACUCUUUCCCUCGCUUGGUUUAUUUCCUGCUCAGAUUUACAUACUGUAUAUACCUCUCACUGACUAGUCUCUCGCUCUCCCUCUUUAUUGAUCUUUCAGGUUCUCCCUCUCUCCUCUGUCUCUACUCGCUCUCGUUUGACUCUUUUUCUAUCUC